AAUUAUAACUUUGUAAGCUGAGAACAUCAUCACUUCUUUUCUGUGUAAACCAAAGAUGGCAUCAGCUUUCAUCUUUCUGUUGGUACCGUUGCUCUUCCAAUUUCAUUCUGGCGAAAGUGCAGCUGCGAUUCGGCGUAAUUAUUACUCAGAGAGUUGCCCGAGAGCAGAAGAGAUAGUAAAGGAGCAAGUCACCGCCCUUUAUCACGAGCACGGAAACACCGCCGUUUCCUGGAUCAGAAAUCUCUUCCACGACUGCGCUGUCAAGUCAUGCGACGCAUCGCUGCUGUUGGAGGCUGCAAACGGCAUAAAAUCGGAGAAGGCUACGUCGAGGAGUUUCGGGAUGAGAAACUUCAAGUACAUCGAAAAGAUCAAAGCCGCCCUGGAGAAGGAGUGCCCGAACACCGUCUCCUGCGCAGAUAUCGUGGCUCUCUCCGCGAGAGACGGAGCGGUCAUGCUGGGAGGGCCAUAUGUAGUAGCGAUGAAGACCGGUAGAAAAGACAGCAAGCAAAGCUACGCAGCACAAGUUGACAGCUCCAUCCCCAACCACAACGACACCGUUUCAGCGGUCCUUUCCACCUUCCAAGCCAUGGGCAUUGACACCCAAGGCGCAGUUGCUCUGUUAGGCGCCCACUCGGUCGGGCGGGUCCACUGCGUCAACCUCGUCCACAGACUCUACCCGGCCGUCGACCCGACCCUCGACCCGGCCUACGCGGAGUACCUCAAGAAGCGGUGCCCGUCCCCGCACCCGGAUCCGAACGGAGUGUUUUACUCGAGAAAUGACCUGGAAACGCCGAUGGUGCUGGACAACAAUUACUACAAGAACAUACUGAAGCACAAGGGGUUGUUGGUGGUGGAUCAGCAGUUGGUUUCGGAUCCAGAAACUCGCCCGUUUGUGGAGAAGAUGGCUGCGGAUAAUGGAUACUUCCAUGAUCAGUUCGCCAAGGCUUUCCUCAUUUUGUCCGAGAAUAAUCCUCUCACAGGGGAUCAGGGAGAGAUUAGGAAGGAUUGUCGAUUUGUCAACAAAAAGUGAUGGACUCACAUUUAUAUUUUUAAGGCAUUGUUUUAGUUUUCUUAAUAAAUCUUAUUGCAUAUGGAGUAACAAUUAUAAAUGCCACAUA